AUGCCGCCCACGCUAGUCCUCAUCCGCCAUGCUCAGGCAAUCCACAACGUUGACCCAAACCAUUCCCUGCAGGACCCGCCCCUUACCGACCUCGGCCGCCGCCAGUCCGCCGAUCUGCGCGAGCACCUCAGGUCCUCGCUCCCCGCCGAUCGCAAGGUGCAGCUCAUCGUGACUAGCCCCAUGCGGCGGGCCCUGCAGACCUGCCUCGUCUCCCUGGACUGGCUGAUCGACGAGGGCGUGCCCGUCAUGCCCGAUGCCCGCUGGCAAGAACCCUACCGCAAGCCUUGCGACACGGGUUCCCCACCCGGCCAGCUGGCCGCCGAGUUCCCGGACAUCGACUUCUCUCCUCUAGACCCCGCCUAUCCGGACAAGACGUCCCCCGCCGGUGCGGCCUACCGGUACGACCGGGGAGCCGUCUUAGGGCGGGCCCAGUCCGCGCUCGCGGACCUGUACGAGCGGGACGCGGACGUCGUCGUGGUGGUGUCCCAUUCCGGGCUUCUCAGGACCGCCGUGGCGGGGCGCUGGUUCGCCAACGCCGAUUACAGGAUAUUUGACUUCGCGCCCAGGGAGGUCGAGCGGGAGGAUGAGCCGUACCGGCUCGUCGAGUGGGAGUCGACAAGGGGGCGAGGCGGGAUGGGGAGGAGCGAAGAGGCAGCGGUCGAACUUGGCGAGGGGCUGCCGACGCAUGGGGAUGCCGCGGGUUCAUGA